UGACGACCAACGUUACCGUUACUAAGAGUUACCAUGACAACUUAUUCCGGUCGUUGUAAUGAAACAAACAACAGUUGUUUGUUAAAACUGCCGGUGACCGGGGAGCCCACUGGUACAUCACUUACCGACUGGUUCUCAUUAUCGUCCGACAGAAGAAGGCAGGACCGAGCGGAUGUUAGGCACGGACAGAUACCGGGAGACUCAGGAGCCCUCUUUUGUCUUGGAGAGCGCUAAUAUGUAAGCUGAGAGUCAAACCCCGCCGACAGUCAAGGAAUAAAUCCAUAUCAGACGAGUUUUCCGGUCAUGAACGCGCUUUUUCAUCGCUUCCACUACUUCAUUUCACAGUUAGUGCGAGGGGAGGACCAUGUCUGCGCCUGCACAUGUGGAAGGCAUCAAGUCCAUCAUGUCGUUCCGUAUAACGAGGUCCAGUCCAUGGAGGUUUCCAGAGAAAGCAAUUUUUUAAGUGACAUCUUGACCCAGCAGAAGACGGACGUGAUAGUUGGACUGUUCUUGGGUAUCUGCAUCAGCUAUGUCUUGCUGUGGCUGAAUAGAGUUUGGUUUCCAGGAUUCAAAAUCUGGAGGACGGACCAAAUGAACGAUGUGGGUUUCUGGUCCCGGAUACCCAAAUUCAGCGGUCCAGUUACAUCCAGGACCAGAACACACGGAGGACUCCAGGGGGGAUUAUGAUGCACAUGAGACGCAAUGUGUACCACAAUGUUAACGGCAGCAUUUGACUCUCAGAGAUAAAAGUGUGGAUACAAUUCAA